AUGUUUUCUGCUCGCAUUAAAAGAGUUAAUUCUGAUAGGUUUUCUAAUGCAUUGGCUGGUGACUGGAACUUUGCUGAGAACUAUGAUUUUGUUGAGGGAGGUAGGCUAUGGAUUUUUUUGGAGGAAGCAUUUGUUGUCACUGUUUUGAGAUGUUGUGACCAAGUUAUUACUAUUAUUGGGGUUGUUGAUGGGCACAGAACAACUAUUACUGCUAUAUAUGGCAGUAAUAAUGGUGUUGUUAGAAGGGAUCUUUGGGAUCAUCUAAGUGGGUAUUUCAACAUCAUUGCCAAGCCUGAGGAGAGUUCUGACUUUGAUGUCAUGAGAGUCCAUUACACCCCUGACAUUAAGGACUUCCAGGAGUGUUUGGAGGGCCUAGACCUUAUUGAUCAUCCUUUUCUUGGGCCUUUAUUCACCUGGUCCAACAAGCAAGAUGGCUCUUACUUAGCCCGCAAACUUGACAGAAUUUUAGUCAACGAUCAAUGGUUAUUGGAUUUCCCAGACUCUUUUGUAGAUUACAAAGCCCAUGGGAUCCAAACAUUUAAUCUGGCUCACACAGCUCAAAGGAGGACUGAUGAAGAGAGGAGGGUUCAUUCUGAACUUGUGGAUUUGGAAACUGCUGAAGCUGUUUUUUAUAAACAGAAAGCUAAAGCACACUGGCUUAGUGAGGGGGAUUUGAAUACAAAAUGUUUUCAUCAGAAAUUUCAAGCUAAUAAGAAAAGGAACAAUAUUAGAGUUAUCAAAAGUGAGGAUGGGCAGUUGUUUGAAUCUUUUAAAGAUAUGGUUGUUGAGCUAGUGGGUUUUUUCACUAACCUCAUUGGCUCUACUGACCCCUUAGUUAAAGGCUGCUCUGCUGGAAAUUUGAAGGACUUGAUUAAUGUGUGUCUACCGGAUAGUGCAUAUGUAUGUCUUACUAAGGAGGUGAGUGAUGUGGAGAUCAAAGAGGCUCUCUUUAGACAAGGGAAGGAUAAAAGCCUAGGUCCUGAUGGUUACACUGAUGGCUUCUCCAAAGCUGCCUGGAGCACUGUGGGUAGUGAUUUCACUUCUGAUGUGAGGUAUUUCUUCCAAACUUCCUACUUAAUGUCUGCCUUCAAUUUCACAACCUUAGUUUUGGUCCCUAAAUUCCCAAAUGCUACCUUAGCAAAGGAAUUUAGACCUAUUUCUUGUUUCUCAGUUGCAUACAAAACUAUUACUAGAAUUCUUGUUGAUAGACUUACUCCUUACUUCCCUGGACUGAUUUCCCACAAUCAAUCAACUUUUCUCAAGGGUAGAAAUAUAGUUGACAAUAUCGUGUUAGCUCAGGAGAUAGUGAAGGGAUAUUCUAGGAAAAAUCUUUCCCCUAGAUGUACUAUAAAAAUUGACAUACAAAAGGCUUUUGAUUCUGUUAACUGGAACUUUUUAUUGUUUGUUCUUGGGGAAAUGGGGUUGUCUGAUAUAUUUUACAAUUGGAUCAAGGCUUGUAUUACUACCCCUAUGUACUAUGUUUGCUUGAAUGGCAGUGUAGUAGGGUAUUUUAAAGGGUCAAGGGGAUUAGGCAAGGGGAUCCUCUAUCCCCUUAUCUUUUUGUUAUUGUGA